AUGAAAAUAAUAUUCAAUGUUAGUUUUCUAAUAAUUGAAAAAGUUAACAAUCUCACAUGCUUUGGAGACUCAACAGGUAAUUUCCCUCUAGUUUUGGGUGGAAUUAAAGAUCAAACGAAGUAUGUAUCAAUUGAUAUGGAUUCAAAUGAUAAUAUAUUAAUGUCUGGCUGGACAAAGAGUUGGGAUUUAUCUGGAACAUCUACUACAUUGCCAAUCCUAGUGAUUCUAGACAGGGCAGGCACUUAUACAUUAAGCAUGAGAUACCAUUUUAGCACAGCAGGCGAAUUUUCUACUGCUAAAUAUAGAUCAUCUGACGAGACUUAAAUUGUGGGUAUAUUGGGAACUACAUCAUAUGAGCUAAAAAUAUAUCUCAUAUCAGCAUCAGAUGGUUCUAUUUUAGCGAAAUACGCCACUUAAUCUAAUGUAGCUCUGAAGGUUUCUAUUGCAAACGAUUGCUUUGUAAUUAACGGUGAUCGAAUGUACCUAGCAAUGAGAACAGGUAGUGGAUAUACCUAAAUAAUGGGUUUUUAAAUGACAACAGCUGAUAUAUUAGUAGAUUUUUAUAAGUAAGCGGCUCAAAGUUCUUCUUCUAAUAAUCAAUUUGACUCAAUGUAUUUGUUUGGAAGUAACUAAUAGCUGCUUUUGAGUGGAUACAUUAGAAACGGAGGCUAAAAUUAUUGGACAUUAUGGUCUUUUAAAAUAUCUGACUAAUCUAACUUGAUAAACUUGGCUUUUCGCUCGUCCAAUAUGCAGUCAUAGAAAAUGAUUUAUAAAAAUGAUGGCAUUACGAAUCAUGUAUACAGAGUGGGAUCCAAUUCAAAUUCUAAACUCUAUUUUAACUAUGUAGUAGUUGAUGAUGGAGGAAUAGUAAGUUCUUAAUAUCUCUACUAGUACGACUUUAGUGAUAGUGCUUCUUGUAAGAGCAUCCAUGCAGAUUCAGCAUCUACUUCCUUAGAUUCAAGAAAAGAUAACUCUCUUAAAUUUCUCUCUGCCGCACUUAUGUCUGCUGAUAUAUCCUAAAGUUGUCUUAAUAGAGAUGAGUCAACUUAUACUGAAGUUAUAAUUGAUUCAGUAACAUUAACUGCUGAUACAUGCCCUGAUACUUUCAAUAAUGAUAAGACUCUAAUAACUAUUACUUAUACAGACACCUCAAAUAAUGCUAUCUCAAAGGGUAGUCUAACAAGCACAACCCUCAUCUACCAGUCAUGGUGUAGUGCCUCCUAGCCUGUUCCUCAGUCUGUUGCGGUCAGUGAUGGUAUUUAUGAGAUAUUCAGUGGAAAUAAAUGGUUUCCAUUCACUCAAUUUACAACCGAUUUAGGCUGUUCUGAUGCAACAUGGACAUAUAGUUUUGCAAUUACUUUUGAUGGAACUUCACAAGGCACAAAUCCUUUUUCUUAUGAUACUAACACACCACUUUAAUUAAAGGCAGCUAGCACUACGGAAGCACAUGCUGGAACCUACUCUAUUAAACAGCUACUGCUACAUUUAAUAUUGUUGUGA